GGUGACAGUGACACCAUAUUCAUCUCAAAUUUUCUGUUUAGAAAUGGAGAGACAGCAUUGAUUCAGACUACAGGCGAUCAUUUCCCCAAGCAGCUUCGGUGUAUACCCGCCGUGCUGCAGUAAUUGAACAGAUUUCCGGCAUCGAGACAGGAUUGGUAGCCGGGGAUUUCUGUGGACGAGAGAGAAGACAAAAUGCCUUUGCAGCAGUCAUCGUCGCUGUUAUUGGCAGAAAUUGACGAAACCCUAACGCUAAUCCCGGGUCUCCCUGACGAUAUCGGUGUCCAUAUCCUCUCCCUACUGCCUUACUCCCAUCACUGCCGCCUCAAACCCACCUGUAAAUCGUGGAAUCUAUUUCUGUCCUCUAAAACCCUGUUAUCCCUCCGCCGUGUCCAACGCCGCCUCUCUCACCUCCUAUGCAUCUUCCCGGCGGACCCGCACAUCUGCUCUCCGUUUCUGUUUGACCCGGAAAACUUGGCCUGGCGUUCCCUUCCGCCGAUGCCCUGUAAUCCUUAUGAGUAUGGCCUCUGCAACUUCACUUCCUUAUCGGUUGGUCCUCACCUCUAUGUCCUUGGUGGUUCCCUCUUCGACACUCGUUCUUUCCCACUGGAUCGUCCCUCCCCUACGUCCUCUGCUUUCAGGUACAAUUUCCUCACCUGCCAGUGGGAUCGUCUUGCACCUAUGCUGUCCCCACGCGGCAGCUUCGCUUGCGCGGCACUCCCUGGUACUGAUAAGAUCGUCGUAGCUGGAGGUGGGUCGCGGCACACCAUGUUUAGAGCUGCAGGAAGUAGGAUAUGUUCCGUUGAAAAGUACGAUGUGGAGAGGAAUGAGUGGGUGGCCAUGAAUGAAUUGCCGAGGUUCAGAGCAGGCUGUGUCGGGUUCACUGCAAAGGGGGUUACGGAGGAGGAGUUUUGGGUCAUGGGAGGCUAUGGAGAGUCAAGGACGGUAUCUGGGGUGUUCCCUAUGGAUGAGUAUUGCAGGGAUGCGGUUGUGAUGGACCUAAAGGAGGAUGGUAGGGGAAAUUGGAGGGAGAUAGGGGAUAUGUGGGAAGAAGGGGAAAGGCCUAGACUUGGGAAGAUUGUGGUUAUGGAGGAUGAGGAAGGUGGCAGGCCCUCUGUUUUCAUGCUUGAUGACAAAGAUAUUCUCAGAUAUGACAUGGCUACAAACCGUUGGCGAAAGGAGUCCAGUGUACCAAGAAAGGCUCCCUGCAGGAGUUCAUUUGGUUUUGUUGUUCUGAAUGAGGAAUUACACGUAAUGACUCUUCUAAGUGGAGUAGAUUCAACAGAAACGCAACGGUCUCGACAGCAGAAAAGGAUCGGAUCACUGUUCAGCCAAAUCUACCAUCCCAGGAAGAAGACCUGGAGAUGCCUGAACACGAGGCUACCAUUGCUUGAGCCAUUGGAUUUGAGUACUACCACUAUGUGCACCAUUCGAUUAUAGACAACUAUCGUCUCCUGCUUAAUACCAUUAAAUCUGCCUCUAUGAUUCUUAAAAUCGUCUGCAAUGCUGUCUAUGUUGACCCUUCGUAACAUAUAUAUUGAUUCUUCCCCAUAGAAGUUAAUGAACAGAUGACUUCAAUUAUCUAGACGAUGUAAAUGUUAUAAGAAUAUGUACCUAUUUAUAUUAAAAAUUUUCAGAUAAU